ACGAUGCUGUCAGAAAGCUGGAAAAGAAAAAUCUGAUACGAAAAUAGCUCUUUAAAUACACACAAAAAUUUCCAAUUUGGUCAACCUUCUAAUUUCUAGCUCUUCAUUAUCCUAAUGGUUUUGUUUGUAAUUUCCUUCAAUUUUAAGGCUCCUUUUAUUUAUGUGUUGAUUCUCACGUCAGUCGUCACCCUCUAACCUGUCUACCACCUUUUUCCAGUAUCUCUCAACGGCAACUCAAAAUUUUCAACGACCGGAGACAAACCCGGAAAAUCCGGUUCAGUCAAGAAACCGAGUCGGUUUUCUCGUGAGAGAGAAGAAACUUUUUUGAAAUUCAAAGGAAAACGGAUGCCGAUCCCGGAAUCAGACCGCCAAAGAGCGGCUAGAGGGAAAAAUCCGAUGUCUUCUUCGGUUCGACCGGCGGGUCGAGCUAGAGUUCCACUCCGUCAGCUAUUUCGAGUCGCUUCCGUGGCUUGUGGGAUACAAUUCGGUUGGGCUUUACAGCUUUCUCUCUUGACACCUUACGUUCAAGAGUUAGGUAUACCUCACCAGUGGGCUAGUAUCAUAUGGCUUUGUGGGCCGCUUUCUGGUCUACUGGUGCAGCCUUUGGUAGGUCAUAUGAGUGAUCGAUGCACCAGUAAGUUCGGUCGUCGCCGGCCGUUUAUUGUUGCUGGUGCAAUUUUGAUUGUCGUUGCCGUUUUGAUCAUCGGUCACUCUGCCGAUAUCGGAUGGUUGUUCGGCGAUAAUAAAAGCUCUCGUCCGGGAGCUGUCCUGGCUUUUGUUUUCGGGUUUUGGAUUCUUGAUGUUGCUAAUAACACCACUCAAGGUCCUUGUAGAGCUCUUCUUGCUGAUCUUACCGGAAAGGACCAUCGAAGAACUCGAGUGGCAAAUGCUUACUUCUCUCUGUUCAUGGCUGUUGGCAAUGUUCUUGGUUACGCAACAGGAUCAUACAGUGGUUGGUAUAAGAUUCUUCCAUUUACCAUGACAGAUGCCUGCGAUGUUGAUUGCGCGAAUCUCAAGUCUGCUUUCUUUCUAGACAUUAUCUUUAUUGCAAUUACUACAUAUCUCAGUGUUUUAGCUGCUAAGGAAGUACCUCUAGGUUCUCGUGAUAGAUCUACACCCUUUCAAGAAGAGGGGCUUGAAGGUGGCCAAGCUGAAGAAGCUUUUCUAUGGGAACUAUUUGGAACAUUUAGAUAUUUCUCAGCGCCUAUAUGGAUAGUCUUGUCUGUUACUGCACUGAAUUGGAUAGGAUGGUUCCCUUUUCUUCUCUUUGAUACUGACUGGAUGGGUCGAGAGAUCUAUGGUGGUCAACCAAAUGAGGGGGAUAACUAUAAUGCUGGGGUCAGAAUGGGCGCAUUCGGAUUGAUGCUGAAUUCUGUUGUUCUAGGAAUUACUUCAGUGCUUAUGGAGAAGCUUUGUAGCAAAUGGGGAGCUGGUUUUAUCUGGGGAGUUUCAAACAUUCUUAUGGCUCUAUGCUUUCUUGCAAUGCUGGUUCUGUCAUAUGUGGCCAAUCAUUUGGAUUAUAUUGGUCAUGGUCUACCCCCAGUUGGCAUUGUCAUUGGUGCACUAGUGAUUUUUUCCUUCCUUGGUAUUCCAUUGGCUAUUACUUAUAGUGUUCCAUAUGCCUUGAUAUCCUCACGUAUUGAAUCUUUGGGACUCGGCCAAGGAUUAUCAAUGGGUGUCCUAAAUCUUGCUAUUGUUAUUCCACAGGUUGUGGUGUCUCUGGGAAGUGGACCAUGGGAUCAACUAUUUGGUGGUGGAAACUCACCAGCUUUCGCAGUAGCAGGUGUUGCAGCCCUCACCGGUGGACUGGUAGCAAUCUUGGCUAUCCCUCGAAGUAGUUCACAGAAGCCCAGGGUCGUCCUCCCAUGAGAUUUAUUGAAUUCUGGAUGGGACAACUUAUCUGAAAAUAAGUGGAGAAAUUUUUUAUUUUUGGGAUGAAAUACUUGUCCACCCGCUGGAAAAUCUUGGUGAAAGGCUUGAUUCGAGAAUUAGUCCCAGGACUGCUUCCCUUAGCACCACAAGAUAAGUAGCUGCUGAUUUGGUAUCUAUUCUUUAUCAAAACUUAAAACUUUUUAUUAUUUUUAUUUUAUUGAAAGGAAAUGCUUGCAAUUUGCAUAUUUGUGGUCUAAUCAUUAUAUAUUGGAAUAUCAUGCAUUUUGUGCCCCAGUUUGUAGUAUUAAGGUGGUGAAACUGUGCUGAUUGCAACCUUGGGGGAGACAUGUUUUAUAUGCUUUGAUUUUAUUUUAUUUUUUAUAUGAAAAAAGCUUCAUUUAUUUGUGCUGUUCAUGAUUGCUCUGUUCUUUUGUAAUAUUUUACAUAAUUCCCCCCUGUUUUUGUUGCUUUGCUUGAUAUCUGAACAUUCGAAUAAAUUCUUGGGUUUUAUUGCAUUCUUAUCAAAAUUGGUCAAAA